UUCUUUUUCCCCCAUCGCUUUGGCUGCGUUAUCCUCUCCCUUCCCUUUUCCAGGUGGCCAGGUCCUUCGCCGUUGCUCUGUUCUCGCCACCAUCGUCUCAGGCGAGGAAAGAAGCGGCGAAGGCGAUCUCGUUCGCCUCUCCAGAUCCCAUUCGAUAUCUUAUCAUUUUCUUUCGCGCUUGUUCUCGCUGUCCGCCAAUGGAGCCUUCGGCGACCGGCGCGGCCUCAAUCGAGAGUCAUGGUUUCCAGGACAAGGUGGAUUGUUUUCUCCUCGAAGCCCUAGAGAAUCCUCGCCAUCGUCUUACUGUUCUGCGUAUGGAGUUUGACAUCCAGAGGUUUAUGCAGAAUUCUGAUCAACAUCAAUAUGAAUUUCAGCACUUGCCAACUUCCUAUCUGAGAUGUGCCGCUCAUCGUGUUGCUCAGCAUUAUGGACUGCUUACCACGGGAAUUGAAAGCACUACAGUUGGCCUAGGCAGCACGUUAAUUGCCCAGAAGACGCCUAAUAGUAAAUUCCCAGUUGUUCUAUUAUCUGAAAUCGCUGUUAAACAAACUGAAAAGGAAACAUCUGGACCAUUUAAGAUCGUCCUUCGUCCAAGGCCAGCAAAGGCUUCCCCAAAUGCUGAUAUUCAUUUUGGACACAAGAAGGAUGCAGUGAAGUCUGUGGAGGAGCGCAAGGAGGAAUACAAUAGAGCGCGGGCCCGCAUCUUUAACGGUUCUAACAGUUUGGACAUGGAUGCACCAUCAGCUGCUUCAACUGACAGCGAUGAGCAAGAAUUGCUGUUGGAGGAAAUUGAAAGGAUUCACAUCAAAGAUGGAUCAUACAGAGUUGCCAUUUUCAGAGAUAGGGAGAAGGACCGGUCUGAUCCAGACUAUGACCGGAGUUAUGAAAGGUAUGUUAGAGGACCCACUCCAAGCCAGGUAGGCUUGCAAGCAGGCAAUUCUUUUCAGCCAGCUUUCCUACAGUACGAUGCAAACACUUCUUUUAAUCACUUGCCAAGGAACGAAAGUUGCUUUGGCCCUAACCCAUCAAUGAACCCAUUUUGCACCUCUGGAUACAACCAGACGACGAAGGAUGCAUUCUGCAUGCAGUGGCCCAGCCCUGCGAUGAUGUAUGCGUAUUCCUACGAACCUUUUAGACAGGUGAAUUUUCAGGCGCCACCGUAUCAACAACCUUUGAGCUUUGAUCAUCCAAGGAACUGAUACAUCUGGCUUAGUUAUGUAACGACUUGUUAUCAUUAGAUGUAGAAUAGACGUCAGUCAUGGUUUGUACUACUACUGCUACUAUUGCUACUAGAACCCUAAGAUUUGUAUUAUUAUUACAAGCACAUUGUUUAAAUCUGGUGCCUGUUUUUUAUGUUUUUGUGAAUC